GGUUUGUCCUGCAUAUUCCGUUACCAUGAAGUUUUUUAUCCUAGUUGCUUUGGUUGCCGUGGCAACGGCUAAACCAGCUGAGAACUCCAUUGAGCGUCUUGCCCGCUCUCUGGCUGAAGAUGAGGUUAUGAAGAGGGGUGUCAUCGAUGGUGUACUUCAAGCCAUCUGCGUCCCUGUCAUAGACACCGUGAUCGGUCUGACCAAUGGUACAUGUGCCAUAGUGUCCGCUACAGCCGACAGCACCUGCAUACAGUUUGCUGAGAAGUACCUUGGCGGCUUCCUGUCUGGUCUGUUCUCUAAACCUGUUGCAGACAUGUGCCAAAACUUGGCCAAUCUCGUCAUCAUCGAGUGCGACAAAGGAACCGUGCAAAACUACGCCGGCGGUGUAUGCGCCACACUUGCCAGCAAAUUCGGCUAA